AUGACUUCUAAUUCUGAGUCCACUCGUCUCAAUUACCAGCAUUUUCUGAUCACUCAACUCACGGACAAUGAUCUGCUGCACCAAUUCACCAGAGGGCGGGUUGAACUAGCUACCCCGCACCAGGUCGCCGAUAUUGGUACCGGCACUGCCAUUUGGCCCAUCAGCUUGGCUCAUUCGCUACCCCACUGGCAAAUCGAUGGCUUCGAUAUCUCUGGAGAUCAGUACCCGGUGGAUGCAUGGUUACCUCCCAACGUCAACCUCCAUAAACACGAUGCGUUCCAAUCAUUCCCUGAGGAAUACCACGGGAAAUACGAUAUUGUCAAUGUGCGAUUCUUCAUGACCUUGCUCAAUGGUCACAAUGUCCACCAAUUUCUGCGUAACGUGAUGAUGUUGCUCAAGCCUGGCGGUCUCUUUCAAUGGCUCGAUAUCGAUGCUCCCUCUGUAAAGGCCAUUGGCCCUGAAGGAAUUUCUUUGGCUCUGACCUCCAAAGUCGCGACGAUGAUGCAAACCACCCCACCGGACGCUGCCUCGUGGAUCACUCAUGAUGGGGAAAUGGUGAGGCCUGUGGGCUUAGAGCCGAUUACCCGGGAUCAACUUCGAUUUCGAGAUCAGCAUCGUCCGAUUUGGAACCAAUGUGUCUUGAUGGGCCUGGAGGAAGUGACGCACGGCCUAGAGCAAAGCGAUACCGAGGCCAAUCGUGCCAAAGCAUCCGGUCUGCGAGAGCUUCUAAAAGGCUUGUCCAGUGAGUUCGAGAAAGGAGCGAGUCUGGAUACACCAUGGUUGUACCUAGUUGCGCGGAAGCCUCUGUAA